GGUCGAGGCAACAUCUCCAGGUCGAAAUAAAGAACACACCUUUUGAUAACAGAUUGCAGUAGCCUGCGCUAUCAUGCCCAACACAAAAAACUUUUUUUGGUGGUGCGCCUUUUGUCUGUAAACAGGAGAUGAUUUCAGCCUUCAGCUUGAUAAGGUUUCUCCACUGAAUCAGGGAGACAUAUAUUAGGCAAGCACGGCAGAACUGAGGCAAAAUGUCUGUCAACGAUCAUCAUCAGCCGUCUCCACUAAAGAAGUUCAGAUUGUUAAUGUGCAUCAUUGCGGUGGACACCAUCCUCUUUCUCACCCUGCUGCUGUGGAUCUACAGGUCUAAUGAGAGCUUCCAGUCCUGGACCCAGUACUACAAAGCAACAACUAAGCCUCAGAUGACAGCGCAACCAAAAUUGCCUCCACAAUGUGGUACAGGGCAAAUAGUUUCUCAGGGACAAAAGGGGUCUCUUGUGGCAGUCAAAAAGUCGAAGACACUGCUGAUAUCAGCUUAUCAGGAGCACCGCACAACAAACAAUGAGGUUCGUGUUAUUUCAGUGGUGCUGAGGGACAAGGAAGAAACCUACUUCUGCCAUAUCUGUUGUCAGAAGCAUCUAUACUUCUCUGAAGGUGUCAGCAACCUCAACAGCCAUCACUUUUGGUUUAAAUAUGGGGCAGCAGACAUCAUGUGUCCUGUGCCUUCAGGCUGUGAGACCCCAUCUCAUAUAGCUGUGACCUCUGCGGCAGACGACUCUGAAGAUAAACUUGACAAUGAGUUUUUUGAGGUGAAGAACCAGGAGGCGAACAUCAUCUUUCCUUACAACUUCACCGUCUGCCUCUCCACCAUGUUUGAUUUCACAAACGUUCUGCAGCUGGUCCAGAGUCUGGAAAUGAUGCAGUUACUGGGGGUGGACAGAGUUGCCAUCUACAAGACCAGCUGCAGCCCUGAAACACAGCGCAUACUGGACUACUACACACAUAAAGGUUUAGUAGAGGUGAUUCCUUGGCCUCUGUCCAGAUUUCUGAAUGUAUCUCGAGGCUGGCUUCCUCAACACGGCCCAGGUGACCUCCACUACUUUGGCCAGAUUGCUGCUCUCAAUGACUGUGUUUACAGAUACAUGUACCAGUCCAGAUAUGUGGCCCUGCAGGACAUGGACGAACUCAUUCUGCCCCAGACAGUCGACAGUUGGACGGCGCUUUUGCCUCUGCUGGAAAAUAAAUAUGGGGCUGACCUGUGUUACUUAUUUGAGAAUAACGUGUUCCCCAACACCAUGAAGUUGCCUCCUCCCACCUCCCAAACUCUGCCCCAGCAGAGCCCCAGCUGGCAGAAUGUGCCCGGGGUGAACAUCCUGGCUCACUUGUACCAGGAACCCCCUCUUUACGGUAACACCAAGAUCAUUGUCAACCCACGAGCUGUGUUCUCCACGGCCGUCCACAAAGUGCUGAGCUCACAGAAAGGCUGCACCUUGGUUGACAGGAAUAUAGCACGGAUGUACCACACAAGAGCUGCGAUACAAACCAAACUGAAACCAGACCAGCUGAUUUACGAUGACCGACUGCUGAGCUACAGCACCCGCCUCAUACAAACUGUCAAUACUGUGCUCAAAGAGAGUGGAUUUCUACAAGAGAACAGCAUGCAGUAGAGUGUGUGUGCCACAAAUCUCUUUGACUUUCCAAAUUGUUCUGACUUCAGAGGGCGUUCACUUGAAUUUCCCAGUUAGGGAAAACAAAUUUCCAAUUAUUCCAACACAACAUGAAUGCACAAUUUCUACCACCCAUGUGUAAACAUUGUACUUGAUGGCAGCAUAAAAUUAAACAAUACGGGGAGUCAUAACAUUAGCAUAAAGACUGAAACUAAAAGGUGGAUUACAAUCUCAAAUGCCAUCUUCUUUUGUGAUGAACUUCGAACUAGAUUCAACAGCGACCUCAUAGUCCUCCAUUGGUCCAUUGUGAGAUUAUACACAAUGGGCUCCCUGGUCUACAGGCCAAAGCUGGACCCUUCUGCUGUGAGGCUGUACUCAGGCACCGUGGUGCUUUGAGCUAAAUGCUAAUGCAUGCUAAAAUGUUCACUAAGACAAUGCUACAUGUGUAUGUUAAUCAGGUAUAAUGUUUACCAUGUUCACCAUGCUGACAAUAGAGGGCAUUUCUUCAAACUUGGCGCAAACAUCCACAAUGAACUGAACUUGUCAAAGGUUAAGGUCCUCAAACAGGUUUUUUCUAUUCUAGUUGCAGGUAUUUCAACCCUUUAUUACACAAUAGAAAUUAUGGAACUAACUUUAAAAUUGCACCAACUUAUUAAAAGUAUAUGAAUUAAAUAUAAAUGACAAUCAGUUGCAUUGGUCUGUAGUAUGUUAGUAAUAAUUUGUCAAGUAAGAGUAAUGUCAGACUAUUUUACUGAAUCUUGUAUUUAUUUGUGCUCGCAAGGGAAUAUCAAUCAAACUGGUGUUGGGUUGUUUUGAUAGAACAUCUCUUCUUUUUUAUUUUCUUAAAUGUUUUUUUUAUUGUGCACUCAGGGGGAAUAUUAAUCAAAUAGGUGUUGGUUUAUUCUAUUUAUACAAUCAGACAACACUUUCAAUAUCUUAUUCAUAUCAGUCAGUAUAUGAAACAGGGCAAGAUGUACAAGGUGAACUUCACAGAAGAAUAUAAUAUAAAUGGUGUGCAAAUUCCAUCUGUUAAAAACACUCAACACGUGGUGCAAGCAAAAAAUAAAAAAC